AAGCGGGCCAACAUGAGCAGGAGAUCGUCUGCACCAAAUGAAAAAGAAGGCUUGCACGUUGCCGACUUCGUUAGAGAAACGAAGGAUUUCUCGUCGGAGAAUAGGCGAUCGUCAGCCCUUAUCUCCCAAGUGUUAGACAAGUUAUAUGCAGAGCGAACUAGGCUCUCUGAAUUUGAGAACAAGUGCCCGAACCUAUCAGAAUGGGAUGGCUUAUCUGCUCUGAAAGGAGUCAACCUCAGUCUACGGGAAAAGUGCCAAUCCUGUGCCGAGGAAGUAAGGAGGAAUGCAGAGAAACAGAAGGAAGAUUAUCGCUUCAUCUGGGAAACCAUCGUCGCUACUAAGCAAAGUGUACAAGACUUCCUACGCAAGCUAGGCUUGGGCCAGUACACCACAGCCUUCACUGGGCUCGAUUACGAGGAGGUCGAGGACUUGCUGGAUGCUGACAUAAAGAAAGAUAAAGAUCUUGAUGGCGGUCGCUGUUGGGUGGUACUUCACGAUGAUGAGGGACUCGUAAUGGUUCGGCGUCACCGGACGACUCUAAAACGCGAAAUCGAUAACAUUCGUGAACGAGUGGCGAACAUCCCUCAUCGCAUGGAAAGCAUCAUCAACAGUGCAAGUGAGGCAGCCAGAACGAGCAACCGGUUCUGUCAGGCUUGUGAGGAUUCGAUUGAACGUGCAAGACCGCCCAAAUCCGAGGCUAGAACAGCCGCUCGAGAGGCACGUCAAAGGCCAGGAAACACAGAUCACUCUUCUCCAUCCACGGCGGCAUCUAUUGUAAGAGGGGCAGGAAUAGUAUUAGCUGCCACCACAGCAGGUCUAAGUGGAGGCUUGAGUUUAAUGCUCGCUGGUCUUGCUCAUGGAGCAACUGGCGUUGCUGCUAUUGCCUCUGUUUAUGGAGCAGCGGGGGUAGGGAUGGCUGCCAUGAAGGCAAGGGAAGACAACGACCGAGCGUCUUCAUCAACUUCAGCUUUAUCCAUUCCAGCCAACCUUGCAGAAGUGACAUCGGACAUUUCUAGCGACACAUUUGAAGAAAAGGUGACGGAAGACUUGAAUGAUCACCAAAGAAAGAUGGGCGAGAAGGUUCAGGAGCUUCAGACGGAAUGGCUCAACAAAAUCUACACAUGCGUGACUAAGAUGGAAAGUACUAAUGCUGCCGUAAAGCACAAGCUGGUUGCCCUUCCAUCGUCUGCAGAUGAAGUGAAAAGUAUUCAGUCAAACAUUGAUUCCAUUUUUGAAAAUCUUGAGACUGUAAGCCCAACCACUAAUGGCAUGAAGUACGAGACAAACAGUGCUUUUCGGGACAAGGGUGAGAGCAACACAUAUUGUCCAAUUUGUGAAACCAGUCCGUGUCUUUCCCUCACCUACAUGAAGCUGUUUGUGUUGGACCAAAAGUCUUAACUUUAAACAGAAGGCCCAUUUUGUUGCCAUUUUGUUUGUCAUUAUGACCACGAUAACUCAGAAAAUGUGGAUUGUCUUCAUUUUUAUGGUAGGUGUUGGCAUGGGGAAACAGGUGUUAUACAUUAUCCAUGCUGUUGAAGUGAAGUCGGGACAUGGGGUAGUUUUCAUUGGAAUUAACUAUGACUAAUUGGAAUCCACUUUUUUUUCAAUUACCCUCAUGGAAAAUCCUAUAAUCAAUAAUUAAGAGCUUUAUACUAAUGUAUUAUGUAAUCCAGUGGGUGAAAAGUAAUUUAGAAUACAAAUAGUGGCAUGAUAAUUUAUAAUUGAUAAAUCUAAAAUCCAAUCUUGCAUUGUUUACAUCAUGGUUCGCAACAUAAAAGACAUUAUUGUUUCCUUUGUUUCGUAUCCCGAACGCCCUUUUAAUAUAGGGGUGCUUCUGAAAUAUUACAUUGACCACGAAAACAGCUACGGUAAAAACAAAAACACAUGCAUCAUCACGGGCAUACCUGCAGACGACGUAUAAAAUUACAUGCCAAUUAAACAAAGGGGCCCGUGUGUUUUAACUGCGAGCGCGAAGUCCGACUGACCACUCCCGCUUUCACGGAAAACAACUCAAAACUACGAAAUUUUUCAGCCCAGUGCCAGUGAUAUCUGACUCAUGUUUACACCAUGCUUUGCAACAGGACCUUAUUGUUCUCUUUGUUUCGUAUCCAAUCAAUAAUACCUACAACAUCAAACGUGAAAGACUUUCCCAUGUGCCCAAGAAUGAGCCAUAUACCCAUAGCAUAGUAAGAAAAAAACAAACUCUAACCGUUCACACUAAAAAAAUGGAUUCGGAUUGACCGCCUAUCCAAAUCCACAAUAUGGAAAUUAAAAAAAAAAAUCAGUCAAGUCAAGUCAAUCCGGAUCGGUUUUUGCAGUGUGAACGCUCCAAUUGGGAUUGAUUUUCUCCGAUCCCGAUCCAAAAGUAAUUCACCUUAAGGGUCGUGUGGCGUAAAUGGU